AUGGAGCGGCCCGCCGUGGCCUGCGGCCUGCUCGCGGUGACGGUGACGGUGCUUUCCUUAGCGGCGGUGCAGAGCGUGGCCGGCGCGGAGGUGCGGGCUGGGCGGCGGGAGCCCUGCGUGCUGAGCCUGAGCUGGCGGGGCGGCCGUUACGGGAUAGUUAUCCAGCGGCAGGAGAAGGGAAGCUCCGACCCCGAUUACAUCCCCAUCAACAGCCGCUUUAAGUGUGUGCAAGAGGCAGAAGAGACUCUGCUGAUUGAUAUCACCACCAACAGUAAGUUCUACCCCUGCAGCCACAUGGCCAAAGCUUCUCCACGCUUGGGGACUGAUACUUCCCCUGAUGGCGUUGCGCUGCUCUGCUGCAAGGUCCGCAUCCAAGGGGACAAGACAGCGGAGCGGCUCUUUGAGAUCCCCGAUGAGGAGCAGUGCCUCAGGUUCCUCGCGGAAGUGCAGAGCAUCCAGGAUGGUGAGCAGAGCUGUCAGUGGGUUUGUGACACCUCCUGA